CAGGACACUCGCGACGAUCACUCUCUUGGUCAUACAAGAUAAGCCACAAUUUGAUUGCAGCCAUUAUCCCAGAAGUGUGCAAAGCUAUUCAUGAUGUGCUGAAGGAGAAAUAUCUUAAACUUCCUGCCACUAGUGAGAAAUGGCAAGAUAUUGCAAAAGGCUUCUACAACUUAUGGAAUUUUCCACUUUGUUUAGGGGCCUUGGAUGGGAAAAGAGUACCAGUGAGGAAAACAGCAAACUGUGGAUCUGGGGACUUUGAAACCAAAGCCCAUGACAACCUUAUAAUGUUAGGUCUGGUUGAUGCCAACUACCAGUUCAUGUAUGUCGAUGUGGGAGAAAAAGGCCAUUCUAGUGAAUCUGGUGUGUGGGACAGGUGCACGCUGCGAGAGGACAUUGAAAAUCAAAGUAUUCAGAUCCCUCCAGCUUCAACAUUGCCCUACACAAAUACCAAAGCACCUUAUGUGGUUGUAGGAGAUGAUGUAUUCCCACUAAAAACCUAUCUGAUGAAACCUUAUUCAGGAAGAAACAUCACAAGAGAUCAAGCAAUAUUUAAUUACAGAUUGUCAAGGGCAAGGAGGGUAGCUGACAAUGCCUUUGGUAUUCUAGCAUCAAAGUUCAGAGUCCUACUCCAGCCUAUUGCCUCUAAACCAGUGUUCAUUAAAGACAUAAUAUUUGCCACUGUGGUGCUGCACAACUUUCUGCAGAUGAGAAAUGGAAAGCCAGUAAGCCCAGAACUGCUUCAGAGGGAGGAUCAAGAAAAAGGCAUCAUAAUAAGCGGUGAAUGGGAGGCAGUGUCAAUGGAAAGCCUGCAACCAAUUCCAAGAGGUUGCUCAAACGAAGCAAAAGCUGUACGAGACAAUUUUAAGGACUAUUUUAUAAGUACAGGUGCUGUGUCCUGGCAGGAUACGAUGGCAAAUUUCCAAUAAUAUUGCUUCUGGCAGCAGCAAUAUUAUUAGUCUUUUCUCUAACUUUAUAUGUAUAUUUGUAGGUAAAACAUGUUUUACAUUUUUUUUGUAUCUGUAUACUAAAUAAAACAAAA